UACAACUCUCAUCAGAAUCUUUAACAUUAACAACAAGGUUUUACAUAAACUGAUUAUAAUAAACAGACAGCAGAAGUCAGAUUAGAGAACGGAGAUUGAGGCCUGAGGGAUAGAAGAAUGAGAAGAACUGUAGAGCAUGUAUAGACUCUAUUUUAGAACAAGACAACACAAUUUCUAAUAGAGAGAGGGAGAGAUGAAGGAGUGCUCUAGCUUCUGCAGCAGCAUGGGUCCAUCUUGUUCAUCAUUUAUGCUUAUGUUGGUUAUAAUUCCGUUGAUUCUCAUAUCAGCUGGUUUUGUUUCUGUAUUGGGUCCAAAUAAGGCUGCUAGUAACUCUUCUUGGUUUUCAGUUUCACAUUCUCCAUGGGUCAAGACAGGGACUGGGAUUUAUUCUUCUUCUUCUUCUUCUAACAGUUCUUCAUCAAUAGCUAAAGAAAGUAAGGAUCAUGGUUUGAACAAAAAAAUGAUGGGUCUUUAUCAGCAUCAAUAUGAUCAUAAAGAAAAAGCUCUUUCAUCACAAGAAGAUCUAGCCAGCUUCAACCAUUCUUCUCCUCCGUCAGUACUUGCCAAAGAAACCAUUCAAAUCCAUAAACCACUUGAUGAGGAAUUAAAGCAAGAGGGAUUAUUUAAAAGUUUCACAAACUUAUCUGAUGAUCAUGUGGCAAUUAAGUUCAAGAAGAAAGUACCGGAUAGCAAAUUGCAACACCUUGAAUUAGGUCUUGCGAAAGCUAGGGCUUUAAUAAGAGAAGCUUCUAAGUAUAGAAAUGAUCAGAUACCAGACCCAAAUUUGAUUACAGUAGGGCCAAUGUACUGGAACUCCCAUGCGUUCCAUAGGAGUUAUUUGGAAAUGGAGAAACAAUUCAAGAUUUUUAUAUAUGAAGAAGGAGAUCCACCACUGUUUCAUAGUGGUCCCUGCAAGAGUAUAUAUUCAAUGGAGGGAAAUUUCAUUCAUCAGAUGGAGAUGCAAGGUCGGUUUCGCACUCGAGAUCCAGAAAGAGCUCACGUUUAUUUUCUACCUUUCAGUAUAACAAUGAUGGUUCGGUUUGUCUAUGUGCCAAACUCACAUGAUAUCACACCUAUCAAGAAAGCCGUAGUUGACUAUGUCAAUGUCAUUGGAUCAAGAUACCCGUUCUGGAAUAGAAGUCUUGGAGCUGAUCAUUUCAUGCUUUCCUGCCAUGAUUGGGGGCCAAUGACAUCAAAAUAUGUACCUCAUAUGUUCAAUAAUUCCAUAAGAGCUCUCUGCAAUGCUAAUACUUCAGAAGGAUUCAGGCCUUCCAAGGAUGUUUCUAUUCCUGAAAUCAACUUAAGAACUGGUGAUACAAAAGGUUGGCUUGGUGGGCCAUCUCCGUCUCACAGGCCAAUAUUGGCAUUCUUUGCUGGAGGGCUACACGGCCCAGUCAGACCCAUUCUUUUAGAUAAUUGGUUCAACAAAGAUGAUGAUAUCAGGGUUUACAAGUACCUGCCGAAACAUGUGUCAUACCAGGACAUGAUGAAGAAGAGCAAGUUCUGCAUUUGUCCAAGUGGUUACGAAGUUGCAAGCCCAAGAAUUGUGGAAGCAUUCUAUGCGGGCUGUGUUCCUGUGUUGAUAAAUGAUUAUUAUGCGCUUCCUUUUGGUGAUGUUUUGAAUUGGAGAUCGUUUUCCGUUGUGGUUCCUGUAAAUGAGAUACCAAACCUGAAGAAAAUAUUAACAAGUAUAUCUCAAAGGCGGUAUAUAAAGAUGCAACAAAGAGGGCUUAAAAUUCGAAGACAUUUUGAAGUGAACUCACCGCCUGAAAGGUUUGAUGUCUUCCACAUGAUUCUUCAUUCCAUCUGGCUUAGAAGAUUGAACAUUCAGGUUGCUGAUCAGUAGAGGUACUUACCGUAGUUGAGUAUCAAUGUAUUUAGAGUUGCUUAUAGUAAUUCAAUGUGUAUAUUCAUGAAAACAGAACAUCAUCAAGGCAAAAGAGAAGAUGGAUCUGUAUAUCAUGUGAAAUAAUAACAGAAUUUCCAGUUUAGGCAUAUGCCCACCAAAUAGAUAUGACCUCUCGGGUUUCUGUUUGAUUUCUCUCAUUUCCUCUCUAUUCACUCUAUUUACAGUACUAGU